UGAGAACAUUUGCGCCACCCAGCACCAAAACACUCUCGCUUUCGUUUUCCCCAAAACCGAAACGUUACAAAUCAAGAAAAAAGGCAUCAUUGCGACCACUGGGAGAGAAACAUGGUGGCUGUUGUAUCCAACCACGUCCUGAAGGCGCUUUGUAAUAACCAGUGUUGUUUGGAGUUCCGCCAGUUGGACAGUAUUUUACGGCAGAGUUUCACGGUGGAUGAGCGGCUGUUUGAGCGCGCGCUGCAGGACAACGAGCGCUUCCGUGUUGUUGUUGAAGACUCGGCGGAGCUCGCGCUCAGUCCCGGUGCUUUAAUUAUAGCGACGACGUCGUUAAGAGUGUGCAAAGACCCAGUGAAGUGCACGCGCUGUGAGGAGCUGCACUUGUGCCGCUAUCUAGUGUGCGGAAAUUGCAGAUUCGGGAAUAAAUGCAAAAACUCCCACGAUAUGAAAUCUGCACAUAAUACUGUUCUGCUAAAAAAGAAGAACGUAGAUUUCCUUGAAGACACACAGUUGUUUCAGCUUCUUCUACAGAAUGACCCAUCUUUUGUUCCAGAGAUUUGUUCUCACUAUAAUAAAGGGAAUGGAGAACAUGGAAGCUGUAAAUAUCAGGCUUCCUGCACUAGCCUGCACAUCUGCCAGCACUUCCUACAGGAUGACUGUAAAUAUGGAGCUGCCUGCAAGCGAGCUCAUAAUUUUGAUGCAACUGCUGUGAAAAUUCUGAACAGCAGAGGUUUCAGUGCAGAAAAUAUUCGCACCCUUCAGAAAACAUACAAGAAUAAGUUUCUUCUCAUCAAUCAAACUGACAAGUCUGUCUCCAAAGGAGCAGAGAAAGACACACAAGUGAAAAGGCAGCACUCCAGCAGCUCUGUGAGUGAGGCAGACCGCAAUGAAAUCUGCCUCUUCUUUGUACGCAAGGGUUGCAGUUUCAAAGAGAAAUGUGUCCGUGUUCAUCAUGAUCUACCGUAUAAAUGGGAGAUUCUGGAUGAAGUUGAAGUGACAUGGAAACAAUUUCCCAAUGAAGAGGAUGUUGAGAGGGACUACUGUAAUCCAGCUAAUGACACCAGCUUUGGGCCUCUGACUGUGGACUUCACUUCAAUGACGUAUGGAAAGAAAAAAGUUCGUCGUCUGUCCACGGCAUCCUCCGUUACCAAACCUCCUCACUUCAUUCUGACCACUGAGUGGCUUUGGUACUGGAAGAAUGAUGAAGGGCAAUGGAUUGAAUAUGGUCAGGGGGAAGAUAAACGUUUCACGUCAAUCACCUCAAAAGCCUUAGAGAAUGUGUACCUCUCUAAAAUUGAAACUGAAAUUCCAUUCAGCGUGGACGGGAGUGAUUAUGUGCUCAGUAUAACAGGUAUGUAUCAACAAAACAAAAGGUACAAAACAAAACGAGCGGUUCGACGCAGGCCACGAUUUGUUUCAGCUCAAGACGUUAAAGGAAAAUCAAAAAGUGAUGCGCCAGAAACUACCAGCUGCUCCUCUGUGGAAGUUCCUGAUCAUUGGGAUAAAGCAGCUCUGCCGAGCUUUUUCUAUACGACUGUUACUCUGUCAGGGUCUGAACCUGAUUAUAAAAAAGUAACCGAUCUGUUCAAACGGACAAUGUCCUCAAGCAUCAUACACAGCAUCAAGAGAGUGCAAAAUCCUUCACUCUGGAAGGUUUUUCAGUGGCAGAAAGAACAGAUGAAGGAGAGGAACGGUGGCAGAGCUAUAGAGGAGCGUCAGCUCUUCCAUGGCACAGAUAAGUCUCUAAUAGAGGCCAUCUGUGAGCAGAACUUUGACUGGAGGGUUUGUGGUGUCCAUGGAUCACUUUAUGGCAAAGGAAGUUACUUUGCCAGAGAUGCCAAGUACUCCGAUAAAUAUGUGAAAUCCAAAGGUGCCACUAAGAUGAUGUUUGUUGCACUUGUCCUUGUUGGUGAAUUUACCAAAGGAUGCAGCAGUUUUCUCCGACCUCCACAGAAGACACAGAAGGCAGGAUUUUAUGAUAGCUGUGUUGACAAUCCAAGCAACCCAGCUAUUUUUGUUAUCUUCGAGAAGUAUCAGAUCUAUCCCGAGUACAUUAUUGAAUACUCUUAAAAUCCAGAUAUGUGUUUGUGGACUGUGAUAAAUGUGGUUUUAUCUUUAUUGCUUUUGUUUUAAGUACUUUUGUUUUGGGUUUAUGAACAAAAAGUUUAAUAGUAGUUUAAUACUGCACUUUCUCUUGUCUAACGAGGUCACUUAUUGCUACAGUGCAAUUAUUUGAAGUGGUUAUAAAUCAAAAUGUCUAAAUAAUUUCUCAGUCUUACGGUUUGUUUUAUUAAGUGUCAGUUGAUUUGUUUCCAUUCUAAAAAUUCUUUCUAGUUUUUAGUUGCUCAGUCAUUUAAACCUAAAGUGUAAUGAGUCAUAAUCACCUGAUUACAAGGUUCCAGGUUGAUCUGGUUAUACUGGCUUCACCCAGUGUCAGCUCAGAAGUAAGAAAUUUCCAUAUUUA